AUGUCUGGGCGCGGUAAAGGAGGGAAGGGGCUUGGAAAGGGUGGUGCUAAGCGGCAUCGUAAAGUGCUGCGAGACAACAUCCAAGGUAUUACCAAGCCUGCUAUUCGUCGCUUAGCCCGCCGCGGAGGAGUAAAGCGUAUCUCAGGUUUGAUCUACGAGGAGACACGAGGCGUACUGAAGGUUUUCCUGGAGAACGUGAUCCGUGAUGCUGUGACCUACACAGAACACGCUAAGAGAAAGACCGUGACGGCCAUGGAUGUAGUGUAUGCCUUGAAGCGCCAAGGACGUACCCUUUAUGGAUUCGGGGGUUAAAAGAUUGUG